AUGGAGUGUGUUUUUGAGGAGUUUGAGCUAAAUUUUAUAACUUUAGCUAUUAUAAAUCAUCUAUUAGAUAUGUCAGAUGAUACUAAUGUUUUGAGUUCCAAUGCUGAUUCACUUUCACCACAUCCUAGCAACUUGGUAGAACAUGAAACUGAAAGGGAAGUAUCGGUUGAUGAUGCCGCUGUUUUGAGUUCAAACGUUGAUUCACUUUCAGCACAACCUGAUGAUAGCUUGGUAAUAAAUGAAAGUACUAUGACCAUAAAGGAGGAGUUGGAAGCCACUGCCCGUGAAGGGGAUAUCAACAAGCUAUACAAGUUAAUUAAAAGAGAUCCACAUUUGUUGGAUCGAAUUGAUGCCAUACCGUUCGUGGACACACCUAUGCAUAUAGCAGCAUCGUUUGGUAAAGCCUCAUUUACUAUGGAGAUAAUGAGGUUGAAGCCUUCAUUUGCCAGAAAACAAAACCAUGAUGGGCUGACCCCUAUGCAUCUUGCACUGAAAAAAGGGCGAAUUAGGGUGUUGCGUCGACUUAUAGACACUAAUAGUGAUCUUGUUCGUGUCAAAGGAAAGGAAGGCAGAACUGUUUUACAUUGGGUGGUUGAAAAAAUAGAUCAAAACACCAUAAGUUUUGACAUCUUAGAUCAACUUUUAUCUGCUUGCCCACAAUCCAUUGAAGACGUGACCAUUUACAUGGACACCGUUUUGCAUAUUGCUGUGAUUAAAGAAAAAUUUGAUGUUUUCGAGUUUCUCAUGAAAAGGAUUUUAAGAGCCAAACACAAAAACUCAGACUUUCAAGAAAAACAAAUUCUGACCGGGAAGAACAGAGAAGGAAAUACUUUGCUACACGUUGCAGCCCUGAAAAAUUCUCCCAAGACCGUGAAAGCACUGAUUAAAUGUGGCGUUGAUGUAAAUGCCAAGAAUUCAAACGGAGAUACGGCUUUAAAGAUAUCAGAAAGCCAAGACCCAUUGCUAAACGGUAACAUUCAAGUGAGAAAUAUUCUGCUUAAGGUGACAAAUGCUUCGUCAAUCUCCUCAUCAUCAGCUUCGACACUAUUCCUUGACGAUGAUGAAGAUUUAAUGUUAUCACCUCUUGAACGUUGGAAAAUAUGUAUAAAUCGUUACAAAGCAAACAUGUCAAACGACAUGAAGAGUGUACUAUUCAUAGUUGCUCUCAUUAUUAUACAAUUGUCACUUAUCAUACCACUGCUUUAA